AUGCCCAGAAUGAAACCCAGGAUAGUAAUCAGCGACUGGGAUGAAACAAUAACUGCCAAGGACACAAUCAAAUACGUGGCGGAAACUGCAUACAUCAACAAACCCAAUUGCACACCGCCUUUCUCUUAUUUCACCAAUGUGUACCUUGACGCCUACAACAAGUAUCUGAACUCAUUUGGACCUCGAUCUAACCUUGACCAAGAAAUUAAAUUCCAAUCUGGUAUGGCUGUGGUGGAAAACACCUCAAUUCAGGCGUUGGCCGACCACAGGAUUUUCCUGGGGUUGACUAAAGAUCAGUUCCGUCUUCAAGCCAAUAAGAUUGAACUUCGGCCUGGGUUUGUUGAGUUCUUGACAAAAUGCCAGACGUUGGAUAUCCCAUUUGUGAUUCUAAGUGUCAAUUGGACCAGAAUACCAAUCAUUGAAUGUUUGAAAUUGCAUGGAUUUUCAGUGGAUGAUGACAAAAUUAAAGUAAUCGCCAAUGAGUUUGUCUUUGAAAAAGUUGAAGACAUCGAAAUCACCACAGGUGAUUGGGAUAACUCAAUCAACGUCAGAAUCUCCAGUGAUAAACUCAAUAUAGUAGAACGAUUACGCAGAGAUAAGCAAUUGGUAUACAUAGGCGACAGUUCAAACGAUCUUCUCCCCUUGUUGGAAGCAGACAUUGCCUGUGCCAUACAAGGUACAAAAAUCGUAGACAUACUAGACAAAUAUAGUUUAAACCAGCCUAAUUAUCAUAUAGGCGAUUGGCAUAACUUCAUAAAUUUAUUACAAUAG